UUAGCUUUCAGUGAGGUCGAAGGUAUAACUAGGAAAUGUAGCUUUAGUUUGGCGUUUGAUUAGCAUAUGAUUAGGAUAUUUGUGAACACAAUACCACACACACACACCCACACACACACACACACCACACACACUCGCAUACCAGCUGACGCCUGUACGUUCACGAGUGGCUAAUAAUGUUGCGUUUAGGACCGCGGGGUUUCACGGUAAUUACUCUGCUUCAAUGGGUUUAGACCAUGAGCCUCUAACCCGUGACGGUCAUGAGGGUUUUCUGCCCCUCUCUGCUCGUUGGCAAACUGAGGAAAGAUAUCUGAGGAUUGUGGUAACACAGAGCUCUAAGGACCCAGUCUAUGUGAGAAGGCAUCCCAGACAGAGGAACUGUAUUCUUCAAUCUAAUUAUCUCAUUUGCUUCAUGCGGUGUAACCACACACACGGGAUGCCUCGUGGAGACUUCAACAUUUAUUUUGCCAGCAGCAGGCGAGGAGAACACGUCAGAGCUGAGGAGGCGGUGGGCAUAGUUCUGCUGGUGGUCAUUAUAGCAGCUCUCCUCAUCCUGGGCUGCUGGUACUUCAAGAAGAGAAGUGGAUACAAAAUAAUCAGGGUGAGACAAUCAUACAUUAUUUACCCUAGAUCAGGGUCACCAGGAUUCACAGGAGGCCAAUUCUCAGAGGCAGGACCUUCUGCAGAUAACAAGAUGGCUUUAGCAAACUUUGGCAGCUUCCAACCUCCGAUUGCUAAUGCUCCUCCAGCCUAUGAAAAGGUUUCUUCAGUACCACUGCCUCCCCCCUAUACCCCUGAAGGACUUCAGCAGAAGACAGACAAAUGUCUGAAGAUGGAAAAGAUACUGGAGAACAAACUCUGAAUUUUAUCUAUUGUCUGAUGGUGUAUAAUCUGAUGCCACUUUCAUUAUGGUUUCUUAUGUUCUGCAUAUUCUAUGCUAAAUAUACCAAUAAGAGAAAGUAUUGUAUCCCUCACUUUUUGAAUUAUGCAAAAUUAUGCAAAUGAAUGAGCACAAUGUAUAUACAGUAGGAUGUUUCAUUAAGCAAUAAAGAUUGAUCUCACAAGAGUCUGUGUAUAAGGAAGCAGCUCAAACACAAUUGUUGAGGACAGUCGCAUUGUUUAUUUCCAUGCAGUUAUGUCCACAUUUGUUCCAAGAAAAUGUACCUAGUAAAUACUUUUGAAAAAUCUAUAUGGUAAAAAUAAAUAAAUGUGACUUCAAAACAUCUUA